UAUUUCCAAGUUCAUGGUUGUUUGAGAAAAUGGGCCGAUAGUGAAAAUAAAAUGAUUUCUGUUGUGUAUGGAUGAAUUUUAGUAUGGGUAGAAAGAAACGCGUGGUUGGGAAAAUAAUAUGGGGCCCCCGGAAAAGUCACAUGAAAGAGAAUGGAAUGGACCCCAGUCAGGGGCAGGCCAGUGUGUACCACGCCCUGAUUGUCAUCUUCCUGGAGUUCUUUGCCUGGGGACUGCUCACCUCUCCAAUCAUCGAUGUAUUGAAUAACACAUUUGCCAAUCACACUUUUCUUAUGAAUGGGCUAAUACAAGGAGUAAAGGGAUUGCUGUCCUUUCUGAGUGCCCCUCUGGUAGGGGCUAUGUCUGAUACACUGGGGAGAAAGCCAUUUCUUCUAAUUACUGUCUCAUUCACAUGUGCACCCAUACCACUGAUGAAAAUCAGUCCCAUGUGGUAUUUUGCCAUGCUUUCUAUAUCGGGUAUAUUUGCUGUCACCUUUAGCGUAGUUUUUGCUUAUGUUGCUGAUAUCACUACAGACGAAGACCGAGGUCAAGCCUAUGGACUGGUGUCGGCUACGUUUGCAGCCAGUUUAGUGACUAGUCCUGCAUUAGGUGCCUACUUAGGAAAAGUGUACAGUGACAAUUUUGUGAUAUGGCUGGCUACAGCUAUCGCAGUGUUAGAUGUUCUGUUUAUAUUAGUGAUGGUCCCAGAGUCUCUUCCAGAUAAACUGCGCACAGCAAACUGGGGAUCUCAGAUCUCUUGGGAGAAAGCAGACCCAUUAGGGGCAUUAAAGAAAUUAGGUCAUGACAAGUUAAUACUAUUGCUGUGUGUAGCAGUUCUACUGUCCUACCUACCAGAGGCGGGGGAGUACUCAUGUUUCUUUGUUUACCUGAGAUUAGUUAUGAUGUUCUCUGCAUCAGAAGUUGCCUCUUAUAUAGCCAUGGUUGGAGUUUUGUCAGUUGUUGCUCAAACCCUUAUCUUAGCUUUGUUGAUGAAGUAUGUGGGACACAAAGGUGCCAUCAUGUUUGGCCUUGUAUUUGAAAUUGUCCAGCUGGCUUGCUUCGGAUUUGGAUCGCAGACAUGGGUGAUGUGGAUGGCUGGUUGUAUUGCUGCCAUGUCAAGCGUAACGUAUCCCGCCAUCAGUGCAUUUGCAUCUUCCCACGCUAGUGCAGACCAGCAAGGAGUUGCCCAGGGCAUCAUCACGGGUAUUAGGGGACUGUGUAAUGGUCUGGGACCUGCUCUCUUCGGUUUCAUUUUCUAUCUGUUUCAUGUGGAUCUUAAUGAAACUUCAGACACACAGAGUGAUGUUAAUUCUUCAGAAAAUAACACAUACCAUCAGAUUUCCUCUGCAAUACAGAGUGUUGUCCCGGGGCCCCCGUUUGCUUUUGGUGCUAUUCUAGUCAUCAUGGCCCUGUUAGUAGCUGUCUUCAUGCCAGAAAAUCCUCAUGGCACUAUUCACAUUGGCAAAUCAAAAGUCAGGAGAAGAAACUCCCUAACACUGCAAGCGUUUGGUCUAGACAAUGGCUCAAUAGAAGACCAGUCUCCCCUAAUCAGUGAUGCAGAUCAAAAUCCAUAGACUCAAACGUGAAAGGGACCAAGAAAUGGAGACAAACUACGGUCUCAAUGGACUGUGAUGAGUGCAAAUAGUUGAAGUACUGAACAUUUGGAAAAACAAGGAUGAAAUCACCCAGAUUGAUGAAGGAUGAACUUAUUUUGGUGCAGUGGUUCGAUGAAAAAGAUUUGUCAAGGUGCUUUUACUUGUAAAACCAAAUUUAAGCCUAUAAUUUUUCAGUUCAAGAAUUUCUGUUCAAGUAACAAGAGACUCUGUUUUUCCUGUUGCUUAAUAUUGUUUCAAUGUGCCAAUCUAGUGCGCCAAGUGUCUUUAUGUGAGACAAAGUGUUUUAAUUAUAAUGUACGACAUUCUGUUUAUUUUAGCUUGUUUAUAUAUAUUUUCCAAGAAAAUGUUUUAAGUUGUAGUAAGAAAUUGUGCGAGUUAAUUAAUUUUUUGUAUGUACAGCUGUAUGUUGUGAAGGUGGCAGGUGUUUGUUGAAAUCAGACGUUUGAAAUUUGUAAUACACUUGUACACUGAAAAAUCCGAUUUUAGAGGUAAAACAUCUGCACCCCUGUGAAUUUGUUUUAAUGGAAGUGGACUUUUCUGCUGUAUGAAGAGAGAGAAAAUUUGAAAGAAAGAUGGCAAUGAAUGCUAUGUCAGAUGAUUUGAUUACUUUUAACUUUUUUCAAGUAUUUUGUUCUUGCAUAUUGUGAUACAUGUAGUUUUCAAACUUUAUGUUGAUAUCCAUGAAUAUCAAAUGAAUGAGUAUUUAUAUCACGUACACCCCAAAUUCCCCUUGUUAUAUUCAUUAUAGAAGGGUAUAGUUAUUCUCCACAGUCUAUAAUGAAAAUAUCAGUUGGAACGAAACAGGACAGUGCUUCUCAUCUUUCCUCCAACUUUUGACAUUUCAUUCAGCAAGAUUGUAGAUAUUUAGUUGUG